GAUGGACCAUGCGACCUACCGACUCCCGUGAUUACGGACCAUCUUUUCGCGCAGAGUAGCACAAGGCGGUCGCAAACACAGGCCUUUCGCGCGCGCAUAAAUUCGACCAUAUCCUCAACAAUGACAAAAUAUUCAUCCUACAAACACUCGUUUCGCCCCCUACUUUCAUUCUUUACAUUUAUACCACCUCACUGCGCCAUACCAUGAUGUUCUUCGCAAGAAUCCUCACCUUCCUUUCCGUCACUGCCCUUCUCUCGGCUGCCCUGCCGCUCGUUCCCCGAGCUAACGUCGGUGAAGGCACUUGGUACUAUCCGGGACUAGGAUCCUGUGGUAUAACCAACACCGCAUCGGACAUGAUCGUAGCGGUCUCGCACUCGCUAUACGACUCGUAUCCUGGUGCUACCGCAAACCCCAACCUGAACCCGAUUUGCAACAAGAGAUUGGUCGCGACCCACGGAGGAAAGUCAGUUACCGUUACCGUCACAGACAAAUGCAUGGGGUGCGCCGGAAUGUACGACCUCGACUUUUCUCCCACUGCAUUCUCGCAGCUUGCCAGCACCAGCGUUGGACGUCUCACUGGAGUAAGCUGGAACUGGGUUGCUUAAAGAGACUCCCUUGCAUAUCUCUCCAUAUACCAUCCGGUCGAAUCUAUUAUUGGAUUAGAUAGGCCUUAUACUGCAUAGGAGAUCGCACUGGUUUGCGAAUCUAUGUACCUAUCAUUUAUUU